AUGAUAAGUGCGAUAUUACAUCGUGCCGUGUUUAGUGGAUUGAGUGACAGAAUUGAAGUAACAUUUGGGAUAAUCGAUAUUUCAUUUUUCUUCAGGAAGCAUAAAGAUCGUGCAGAUGACAUCCCGAACUGUCCAUCUAUCGAAAAUAUUAUUGACAUGCCAAUGCCUAAUGAAACUCCAUCAACCGAAAAGACGGCAAUCAGUAAUACUGUAGAUAACUCGACGAUAUCAAAUGCUAAAUUAUCAGAUGAUACAAUGCAACAACAAACGACAAGCACUGGAAAAGAGGAUUCAACAAAGUCGACAAGCCAUGAAACGUCUAUAAUACCGACACGAUUCAUGCGACUUCAUCGUAGACGACGCAGACAACAGGAACGAUCUCGGAAAACCUCCAGGCAUCACGGACGAAAUAUACCUUCAUCAGUUUCAAGUAGCAAAUGUGCUAUCCAAGGUUCAGCCUCCGAAAGACGUGAUGAUAUCCCGAUGUGUCCAGAUAUCGAGAAUAUCUGUGAACUUGAUCAAAACGAAUUUGAUGAUGAUAUGUCUGUUCAUCGAUUUUCUCAUGCUUUCUAUCAAUUACUUGAUGAUUUCCUACUUCUUCUAACCAAAUUUGCACAAUUUUUAAAGGAUCAUCCUCGUCCUGCAACAAUAGCAGGUUUCAUUAUUGCCAGCUAUUUGAUCAUUAGUUAUUUGGAGCUCUCCAUUGCGGCACUCAUUGAAUUAUUUGCUCAAUCUAUCUGGCCAAUAUCCCACGCUGUACUUCUAUUCAUCGAACGUCUUUCCAUAAACUUCGGCUCAUUUAUGCAUUCCGCCGAUGAUAUCUUCAAGGGUGCAUACUGCGAUGUGGCAGAGAUUUGGUGUAAACAUUUUCAGAUGAUGUGUGCCGAUCGGUGUUCAUUUUUCAGUAUGGCAGUGGAACGAUUAAGAACAAAUUAA